GCACGAGAACUCCAAUUUCAGAACAGUCAUUAGCAGCCUAACAGUAACAGGUACAAACUAAAGGAUCAUCCUCAUCUAAAGCAUGCGCCAAUGGCUCAUCUUUCCCUAACGGUCAACUGAAGACUCCGCCUGAACGUGGAGCGAAAUCCAAAUCAUUCCGUUUGAGCCCACUCGGGCAGUUGUAGUCAGAACCUGAUAACUCAACUACCUCUUUUUCUUUGCUCCUUCAACCUACUCUCAACACUGACGUCGAUACUCUCUAUCUACUCACUGCUCUAUCUCUUCUCACUUACCCACCGAAUCUUCCUAAUCAUCAGUUAUUGUCUAUGGCAAUUCAAAAGCUUGCUUUGAUCCUCAAAAACCCUCAAAACGACGAGGAGUUUCUGCUUGUGAAACAGUCUCGCCCGCCAAAGUUUGAUCACCAAGAGUACGAUUCUUACGUCGAUUCUGAUCUAUGGGACUUGCCUUCCGCUCAAUUGAACCCGCUGCAAGGAGAAUCCGGAUCUCAGAGUGUAGUGGAUUUUGCGGACUCUCGUUCGGAGGAGAUCGAUUUGAAAGAAUUCGACUUUCGCUCGGCUCUUAAUCAGAUUUUUGAGCGAAUAGGCUUUGGGGAAAUUGACAGGGGAGAGUGGAAAUACUGUAAGUAUGUGAAGGAACCUGCAUUUGGGCCUGAUUUGCCAAUCCAAACGGUCUUCAUCACGGGAGUAUUGGCAGCCAAGGACAAUGACUUGCGAGAUAUAUAUAAAUGGAUGUCUGUCCAGGGCUGUGUUAAGUGGCUUUUGGAAGUAAAACCAUCUGGCAAUCGUGUUGGACCAUUGGUAGUUGUUGGUCUUAUAAAUGACUCAUUGGGCUCUUCAAAGUGGAAAGUUCCUCCAACCAUUAGUUAUCAGGAGUAUCCUCCUGGUCUUAUACUUAUACCUAUGAGAAGCAGGACCCAAAAGCCUUUUCACACAACAAACCUAGUGGUAUUUGCCCCAGAGUAUAUUCCAAGUGAUUCUGCGGAUAAAAGUUAUAUUGCAUGUGGAGAUGCUCUAAUAGUUGAUCCAGGGUGUCUAUCACAGUUCCAUGAAGAGCUCCUGAAAGUUGUUACCACUUUGCCAAGAAGAUUGGUUGUCUUUGUCACUCAUCACCACUAUGAUCAUGUAGAUGGUCUCUCAGUUAUCCAAAAGUGCAAUCCUGAUACCACUUUGUUAGCACAUGAAAACACCAUGCGUCGCAUAAGCAGAGAUGACUGGUCACUGAGCUAUAGAUCAGUUUCUGGAGAUGAAGAAAUUAACAUUGGUGGUCAGACAUUGAAAGUUAUUUCUGCACCGGGACAUACCGAUGGUCAUAUGGCACUACUUCAUGUGAACACUCAUUCAUUAAUUGUUGGUGAUCAUUGCGUAGGCCAGGGAAGUGCUAUCUUGGACGUAAGUUCUGGUGGCAAUAUGACAGAAUACUUCAAAACCACUUACAAAUUGCUUGAGCUCUCCCCAAAUUCUUUAAUACCAAUGCAUGGGAGAGUAAACCUUUGGCCAAAGCACAUGCUAUGUGGUUAUCUAAAGAAUCGUCGGAGCAGGGAAGCAAAUAUCUUGGCUGCAAUUGAAGGUGGAGCAAGAACAUUGUUUGACAUUGUAGCAAAUGUUUAUUCUGAUGUUGACCGGAGGGCCUGGAUCCCUGCAUCGUCAAACGUGAGGCUCCAUGUGGAUCAUCUGGCCCAACAAGAUAAGUUACCAAAGGAUUUUUCGGUUCAGAAGUUCCAAAAAACCUGUAAGCUGCAUUUUAUUUCUCGCUGGAUAUUAGCCUACGCUACUGGUGGCUUCCAUUUAGAGAAACCUUCAUUUCUGAUUACUGUGGCUAUGGCUGUGGCUGUGGCUGGCUUUGCUGCGUUCUACUCAGUCAAAACGGAAGCUACCCAAGUUGAGAGUGUAUGAUCUGAGACCCUCAAGGCUUGAACUUGUCGGGUGUAAGGCUUAUGCCACAAACUAGAUCAUGUUCUUCACUAGUAAAGUAAUGAAUGUGAAAUACCAUACAUCUCAUAUAGCACCAAGCUACUACCAUCCUUAGACCUCUUUGACUAAGAUGAGUCAAUUUCAUAGGUUUAACUUCCAUGGCAGUUCUCCUCUCCUCACCAGCUCAAGUGUAAUUUUCACUAGAAAGUUUCAGUAUUAGCUUAUUUUUUCCCCCUUUGUCUUUUGAAAGAAUCAAUAUGGGAAGUUUUGAAGAAAAAUAUUAUUUUUCUCCGCU